AUUACCCUCUAUCUGUGUGAGCGUCGAGUCAGACGUGUCGUGUGUGAGGAAGCCUCUGGGACAUACUGCUUUAAAAUGAGAAAGGAGAGCAGGUUAAUUCGGUGGAUCUGGUGGAUUGUGAUUGUGACCGCUUUGUUUUUCCUGGGCUUCAUCAUAGGCUGGUUUGCAAAGCCCACAUAUCAAAACACUGCAAACAACAAUGAUUCCAAAAAGUAUCUGAGGGAGUUUCUGGAUGAAAUGCAGGCAAACCAGAUCAGGGAGCAUCUCAGGAAAUUUACACGACUUCCCCACCUCGCUGGUACAGAGCAGAACCUGAGAUAUGCAGAGCAAAUCAAGACAGAGUGGCUUGAGUUUGGACUAGACUCGGUGGAGAUGGUGCCCUAUGACGUCCUUUUGUCCUAUCCCAACAAAACACAGCCGAAUUACAUCUCAAUAGUUGAUCAACUUGGCAAUGAGGUUUUUAACACUUCCUUGGCUGAGCCAGUUCCAGUUGGUUAUGAAGAUGUUUCUAACAUUGUGCCACCAUACAGUGCCUUCUCUGCCAAAGGACAGCCUGAGGGGGAUCUGGUGUACGUGAACUAUGGUCGUACAGAAGAUUUUUUCCAAUUAGAGAGGGAGAUGGGCAUCAAUGUUACUGGGAAGAUUGUCAUUGUCAGAUAUGGGAAAAUAUUCAGGGGCAAUAAGGUUAAGAAUGCCAUGUUAGCUGGAGCAAAGGGCAUCAUUAUGUUCUCAGACCCAGCAGAUUACUGGGCUACUGGAGUCCAGCCCUACCCUGAUGGCUGGAACCUACCCGGCGGAGGAGCUCAGAGAGGAAAUGUUCUCAACCUCAAUGGAGCAGGAGACCCUCUCACGCCAGGGUACCCUGCUAAAGAAUAUACCUACAGAGUCAGCCCUAAGGAUGGAGUGGGUCUUCCUAAGAUUCCCGUGCAUCCAAUUGGCUUCCAUGAUGCAAUUCACCUGCUGAAGAACAUGGGAGGACAGAUUCCACCCAAUAACUGGAAAGGAUCUCUGAAUGUCUCCUACAGGAUUGGUCCCGGGUUUAUAGAUGACUUCAAGAACCAGACGGUGCGUAUGAACAUCCAGACUAACAACCAAGUAACCAGAAUCUACAAUGUCAUUGGCAGGAUUCGAGGAGCUCUGGAGCCAGACAGGUAUGUGAUUCUGGGAGGGCACCGGGACGCCUGGGUGUUUGGAGGAAUUGAUCCCAUGUCUGGUGCUGCAGUGGUCUAUGAAACUGUCAGGAGUGCUGGCAGGCUGCUGAGUAAAGGCUGGAGGCCUAGGAGGACUAUAAUAUUUGCGAGCUGGGAUGCAGAGGAAUUUGGACUGCUUGGAUCUACUGAAUGGGCAGAGGAUAAUGCCAAACUGCUGCAGGAGAGAGCUGUGGCCUACAUCAAUGCUGACUCUGCCAUUGAGGGCAUGUACACACUGAGGGUUGACUGCACGCCGUCUCUACACACUUUGGUGUAUGACCUCACCAAGCAAAUAGCCAGUCCAGAGGAAGGAGAGGAAGGAGUUUCUCUCUACGAGAGUUGGCAUAAGAGGGACAAUUGGACGAAUGACCGUGAUGCACCCAGGAUCAGUAAACUCGGGUCAGGCAGUGAUUUUGAGGCCUAUUUUAUCCGUCUGGGAAUUGCUGCAGGCAGAGCCAGAUACACCAAGAACAAGAAAACAGAGAGGUACAGCAGUUAUCCAGUGUAUCACAGUGUGUAUGAAACCUUUGAGAUAGUGGAGAAGUUUUACGACCCUUCCUUCAAGAGGCUUCAGACCGUGGCCCAGGUGAGAGGCGGGCUCAUCUUCCUAUUAGCUGACUCCCAGCUCCUUCCUCUUGAUGUCAACGAAUAUGCAGACUCACUGAGGAAAUAUGCACAGAGCAUCUCGCAGCUGGCACAGAAGCACCCAGAGGAGAUGAAGAUGUAUGAGGUGUCCUUCGAGUCUUUGUUUUCUGCUGUGGAGAACUUCACUGUUGCAGCCAGGGACCUCCAUGAACGACUACAGACUCUCAACAGAGCAGAUCCUCUGCAGGUACGUGUCAUGAAUGAUCAGCUCAUGUAUCUGGAGAGAGCCUUUAUAGACCCCCUGGGCUUACCUGGCAGACCCUUCUACAGGCAUGUGAUUUUUGCUCCCAGCAGUCAUAAUAAAUAUGCAGGGGAGUCUUUCCCUGGGAUCUAUGAUGCUUUGUUUGACAUCGAGAACUCAUCUGACCCAGAGAAGGCCUGGGAGGAAGUCAAGCGUCAAAUCAGCAUUGCAGCGUUCACCGUCCAUGCUGCCGCCAUGACACUAACACUACCUGCAUGAAGCACACGACAAAGAGUCUAAACCCAUGUGAUCGAGCUAUCUGUUGACAAUUAAUGUUAUAUGACUCGAGGGAAUACACUACCUGCAACAUGCACAGAUACCUGUUGUCAGGAAUGUCCAGAGCUCAUUAAUACACUUGGGAGGUUUGCUCUUCUGUGAAAAGGGUUUUAUGUUUUGUUAUGGUGCAUCUGUAAAGAAAUAAUUUAUGUUUUUAAAAGGAAGCCGAAUAAAAUCAAUUCACACUUUAUAUGUGAGCAGAAAACAUAUGUCUUUAUAUAUAUAUAUUGACUGUAACAGAUGUGGUGCUUCUUUAAGUGGUAUUUACAUUCAUGUUCUUAAUAAAUGACUUAAUUUUUGAUUUCCUAAACGGCACAAAGUCCUUUUACACACAAAAAUCUAUCAAAAUGUAAUGCUAAACUUGAAUUAAACACAAUUUAUGUUCAUGUAAAUACAAUUUUAAUCUUUAAAAUGUUUGGGUGAGUUGUAAAAUAAGUACAGUACAUAACUUAUCAUAGCUUAACAGUUGUGCUCUAAUAAUCCCUUGAAAAUGAGCCUUACUGACAAACACAAUAUAUGGCAAUGUUAUUUAAAAUUAUGUGAAAAUGAUGUACUCUAUGACGUUUACAGAUGUACUCUAUGACGUUUACAGUAAAUGAAGAACAGACAAUCCACUCUGGCUCACAGGAUAGAAGAGUUUCAGUGUAAACAUGUACAGUAUAUCGUUCAGAAGCAUUCAGAGGUGAACAACAGUAAUAGGCUCAACACAUACAAUAAAAUGCACUGGAAAUUCAAGUG